AUGGGCGGCGCACCCCCCUCCCCCCUCGAAUCCUCCCUCCGAAAACUCCUCACCCCCGAAUUAUUCUCCCGCCUCGUCACCAACCGCCUCCCCUACCCCCCCCAAUCCCCCAUCAACUUCUCCCACUUCGCCAACACCAUAUUCCUCACCGACCCUUACUCCCCCUUAGUCUCCCCCCAGGCCUGGCCCGCCCUCCUCGCCCUAUCCCAGCAACCCCUCUCCUCCAUCCCCGACCUAGCAACCUUCCUCCCACCCCCCUCCUCCCCUUCCUAUCCCACCCAAACCCUCGGCCUCCUCCUCCUCCUCGACCACAUCCCCCGCCUUCUAUUCCGCGGCAUCGACCAGCGCUACACCUACUCCUUCUUCUCCCACCUCUCCCAAUCCCUCGCCUUGUCCUGGCACUCCCUCCCCUCUCACCUCCGCCCCGACUCCUACGCCCGCUGGAAGCACGAGCAGAACGUCGCCCUGGACUACUGGAUCGCUGUCCGGUUCUGGUUCGCUACACCGUUCGUCCAUUCCGAAAAGCCGGAACUGCAGGAAAUCGCCAUAACCCUCACAGAAGAAACCCGCGCGACAGUGGAGAAGGAAACCGGGUCGGCUGACCCUUACCGCCAGGAACGCGACGAGAUACUAGCCGACUCGUACGCUUUUCCCAGGGUCUACAACGCCGGACCGCCGCGGGGGGAUCAGGUGACGAGAGAGAGCUUCACGUGGUGGAUGGGCAUGUUGUUCGACGUCCACAAGCCGAUCGUCGACCGGUUUGGGAGGUACCCCUAUCUCAAUGGGAUAACCGGGCGGGACGCAAACGACGGAGAAGAAAAGUGGUUGGAGGAGAUCAACCACUUUGCCGAGGCGGACGAGGAGAGCGUUAGGCGGGUGAGGGAAGAUGUCAAGGCCGGACGGUGGUCACCGUUGGGGACUGACACGCCUCGCUGA